AUGACAAAUACCACGAUUUCACGAGCACUAUCACCACCAUCAAAAAUACCACAAUUGUUCGUGACCAGUUCUAUCAGUCCAGUUAUGGAAACUUCGAAAUUGUCGGGAAUUGACGAGGAACAACAAUGUUUUAUGAAUAUGAGCAAGUCCUCAACAGUACCUGAAACAAUGCACACUUCACUUACGAGCGCUUACGAUCUACGAAUGCAAGCAGAUACGCAUAGUUUUCAACGUCAUCUGCAUGAGAUGAUCCGUUUACAAGCAACAAACAUUGUUGAUAACGGAAAUACACCGUUGUUAUCGGUGUCAGCAAUCGGAGAACUACCAUCUGCUUCGGUAGAUAGUUUACCGAGCAUCGAUCCUCAUUCAUUAUCCACCUGUGGCAUGACUUACUCUUCGACAUCCGAUAGUGGUUGCAUGAUCGAAAGUGGUAGUUCAUCAGCCACUGUUGACGAUGAGCAAACGGUGCUUAAAAGUAUGGAUGAUAUUGGUAGUGCUGGUAACAACAACAGCAACAAUAAUAACGAUAACAGUUACAAUAAUUCAGUAAAUAAAAAUUUACUUCAGUAUGGAACAAAUGGUGCACCAAUAGAUCUCAAUAUUUCGCAACUUUAG